UUUCUUCUAAAUUUUUGGAUAUAAUAUUUAAAUUUUGGUUCUUACAAAUAAAAAGCGAAUUAUAAGAAGCAAUCUACUGUAUAAUACUGUACUCGACUGCAUGCAUCAUCAAGUGCGUGUGUUUAGUGGAUCUAGCUUGUUUUUAAAUGUGUAUAUGUGUGUGUGUAAGUGAGCGAGCGAGUGUAGGAGUGGGAAGUUGUUGGCUGCAUGAACAAAGCGAAAUUGGACCUAAAUUAGUUGACCAGCUGUUUGUGUAUUAAAGCAAUGGCCAAGGUAAUAUCACAGGACACAUUUGACGAUGUCGUCAAGGAGAAUGUGGUGGAGUUUUCUAUGAGCCCUUCGGAAGCAAAAGAAGAAACCAUCAAACAAUUCGAGGCACAGGGCAUCAAUCUGGCCAACAUUAUCAAAGAUUUGUCUAUUGAUGCUGACACGGGCAGGCCGAUUAUCAACGAGACUGUGGACAAACUAAAGUCGCACAUUGGGGAAAAGUCAACGGAUUCAGCACAACUGUUAAACUAUUUGUCUGUCCUGGAGGCGGAAUGUCAGAAAUCCUUGGCCCAUCGUGUGCUUGCUGGCAAGAACGGAGCUCAUGAUGCCUUAAUCACACUUCUGGAGCAAUUACUGGCCGCAGAGGUUCUGAACGAGGAGCUGCUCUUAAAAUGUUUACUCGCUGUAAACAGUCUAACUAACAAGCAACCAGAUCUGUUUGAUGCGGAAGCCCUGACAGUAGUGCUUAAGUUAUUGGCACUUAAGGAUCGCACUGAUGUACUUUGCCUUACGCUCCAGUGGAUGCAGAAAGCAUGCUUGAUGCAUGAAAUGAAUAGACAGAAUAUAAUGAGCACCAGCGCCUUAAAGAUAAUGAAGCCUUUGCUAGGCAAGGACAACGGGCGACUUGUCAGGGAUCUAACGGCUGUGUUUCGUUUCUUGGUAUUGGAUGAUGAUAUACGUGUAGAAUUCGGUUGUGCCCAUGAGCACGCCCGACAGAUAGCCAACGAAAUGCUUGUUCCUCUGGUAGAGCUGCUCCCCGCAUUUGAAGAUGUAAACAUCUUGGCUGAUUUAUUUCUUACGUUAGGCACCUUGGCAGUACGUCAGGAAUUAUGCACGGUGAUUGACGAUGCAGGAGGUCUAAAGCUGGUCUUUGACAUAAUGAGUACAAAUCUCGAGCAAGUACGUCUUAAUCGUGAGGCUUUAAAGCUACUGCGUGCGUUGGCUGGUCAUGAUGCUGUUAAGGCUCACAUUGUGCAACAGGGAGUGGCACCAAUUAUCAAACAGCUUUUGGAAAAUCAUCUGAACAAUGAGACUAUUGUAUCCGCCGCCUUGGCCUGCAUUACAACAUUGACUUUACGCGUUAAGGAACACAGUGCAGCCUUUUUUGAUACAGGCAUAGCCGAGAUUAUCGUAGAGUCACUUCGCUCUCAUCCUAAAAACAAAAUAGUCCAACGCAAUGGGGCCUGGGCCAUACGCAAUAUGGUGUCACGUUCACGCAAUCAAUCUGAAUCUUGGCUAUCUUAUGGCAUCGAAGAUCUCCUUAAUGCGGCCAUGAAGGAGCAUCCUAGUGUGGAGCAGGACAUCAAAGCUGCAUUGCGCGACUUGGGCUGUGCUGUGCAUCUCCGAGAGGAGUGGACUGGCAAAGCGGAGAAAAAAAUCGCCGCAUAGAUGAAAACUAUCCAAUAUAUACACAUAUUUUAUAUUUUUAUAAUACUUAUCCUAAUCACACCGAUAACAACUAACUUAUUAAAUGCAACUGCAGCGUAUAAUUCAA